UUAGUGCCCAUGGCAGCUGGGGCAUCCAUGGGUACACAGCAAGGGCCCCACCCACCUGUAAAGAGGAUUCACACUGACAGAGGGGAAACACCCCUAGUGGGUCCCAGGAAUGAAGGGGAAGUGGAAGUCAAUGGCAAGGCAUGCAAGGCUCUCAUCGACUCUGGCUCGCAGAUCACCAGUAUUACGCACAACUACUGGCAGAGCCACCCAGCUUUACUGAAACAGAAGUUACGGUCUUCUACGAUACCGAUAGAAGGUGCAGCGGGUCAGAGUAUACCCUACCGUGGUGUCCUGCACAUCGACCUGAAGGUGCUGGGGAAAGAAUUCAAGGCAGUACCUACCUUUGUUGUUCCUGAUUCCGACUAUCGCUCUUCAGUUCCCCUGCUGGUGGGAACUAAUGUCAUUCGAGCCUCCCGAAUCCACCUUCAAGCAGCUUAUGGUUCGCAGUUUCUGCACCAGGUCAAAGAGAAGCAUCCAGAGUGGUACAUGGCUUUACUGAAGGUGGGAAGCGCCAAGCAAAGUGAAAUACAUGAUGUUGUGGGUCCUGCUGUUUACACUGGUCGUACAAUACACCUCCCUGGUGGAAAGGAGAUGGAUUUAAGGUGUAGGAUUAAAGCUGGCCCUCAAAGGAAGACUUAUACGGCCUUGAUAGAGGGCCAUGCUUCCUUGCAGCUCCCCCAGGAUGUUUUAGUGGCCAAAGUGCUUGCUAAUGUGAAAAGAGGGUGUGCUCCAGUUAGAGUGAUGAAUCUUUCCCAGCGAGUCAUUACGAUCAGACGACACACAAGUCUGGCCAGUGCAGUCCUGGUGGACAAGGUGGUAGAGUUCCCAGGUAAAAAUCAUGGUGAAGCUGGGAGCAGAGGGGCUGGUCUCAGUCUGGACCAAGUGGUGACUAGCUGUGGGGUUGACCUUAGUGGAGCAGCGGUGGAAAGUGAGGACCAACGUGCACUACUUAGGGAUAUGCUGGACAAGAAUGCAGAUGUGUUCUCCCAACAUCCCAUGGACUAUGGUCACACCACAACAGUACAUCAUGAGAUUCCCCUGGUUGACCCGAGGCCUUUUCGACUGCCAUACCGCAAAAUACCCGCCUCCCAGUGGCAAGAUGUGAGGCGGUUAUUGGUGGAAAUGGAGACAGCAGGAGUCAUUCGACCCAGUAAAAUUCCGUACGCAUCCCCUGUGGUGGUUGUGACCAAGAAGGAUGGGUCACUCCGAUUGUGUAUCGACUACAGGAAGCUCAACUCCUGCGUCACUCGAGAUGCAUUCCCUCUGCCAAGGAUAGAGGAGGCUUUAGAGGCUUUGGGACAAGCAAAGUACUUCUCCACCCUUGACCUUACAUCUGGAUACUGGCAGGUGGAGGUUGCGGAACAAGACAAGCACAAGACAGCAUUCAGCACUCCCAUGGGGCUGUUUGAGGCCAAUAGAAUGCCUUUUGGGCUGCAAAACGCACCCUCCACCUUUCAAAGAAUGAUGACCUCCUGUUUUGGGGACUUAAAUUUUACCCAUCUCCUCAUUUACCUUGACGACAUUAUAAUUUUCUCUAAGUCAUUUAAUGAACAUUUAGAGAGGCUCCAGCUGGCUUUCGAUAGGCUUCGGGAGCAUGGCUUGAAGCUGAAGCCGUCCAAGUGCCAGCUUGUGAGGAAGGAAGUGCAGUACCUGGGUCACUUGGUGUCUGCGGAGGGCAUCAGGACAGACCCAGAGAAGAUCAACAAGGUCAAGGAUUGGGAGAGGCCUACUAAUCGUAUGGAAGUGCUGCGGUUUUUGGGUUUUUCAGGUUAUUAUAGGAGGUACGUGAAGGGUUACUCUAACAUGGCUGCUCCGUUAUACCGCCUUACCUCCGGUGACCCUAAAAAGAAAAAAAGAGGGGCCCAGAAAGGCACAGGCCCUGACCAGCCAUUUCUGUGGACUGCUGAAUGCGAGGAGGCCUUUCAGUUUUUAAAAGAAAAGCUGAUUAGUGCUCCAGUGUUAGGCUAUCCGGACUACAGUCAACCCUUUCUGCUGCAGACUGAUGCCUCAGGAAUGGGGCUUGGUGCAGUGUUAGUACAGGUCCAAGAUGGGGUGGAGAGGGUCAUUGCGUAUGCGAGCAGAGGCCUGAGCCCACCUGAGACGAGGUAUCCGGCACACAAGCUUGAGUUCCUCGCUCUCAAGUGGGCCGUGACGGAUAAGUUCCAUGACCACCUGUACGGGCGCAAGUUCUCCGUCCUGACGGACAAUAAUCCUCUGAAAUAUGUAAUGACCUCAUCCAAACUCGACGCCACAGGUCAGCGAUGGGUCUCUCAUUUGUCCACAUUUGACUUUGACAUCCAGUAUCGGAGGGGACAGGAUAACUCCAACGCUGAUGCGCUAUCACGUAUGUCCAACCAGGAGGUGGCGGGGACCCUGCAGUCAUGCCCGCAGCAGUUGAGGACUAGUGGACCAAGACAUGAUGAGGUCUCAGGCGAGGAUACAGCUGGCACAGAGGAACCGGAAAGCGUUCAGGAGACCAGUGAGGUGUAUGUGGAUGUGGGGAUGGAGACAUUGCCUGCUAUGACCAUACAGGAGCUUCGAGCGGGGCAGAAGGAGGACAGAGAUAUCGGUCCCAUCCUCCACUUUAAGAGCAGAAACCACAAACCAAGCCACAGCGAGAGGAGGAAAGUGGGAGCCACUGGGGAUCUCCUCUUAAAAGAGUGAAGGAGGUUAGUAGUAAAAAAAGGGAUCCUGUACUGUAGCAUCAGAGACUGUAAAAAAGGGGUGGUGGAGCAACUAAUACUGCCUGAAAAGCUGCGUGAAACCAUCAAAAUAGCCCUUCACAAUGAUUCAGGGCAUCUGGGAUUCGAGAGGACAUUACAGAUAAUAAGGGAAAGAUUUUACUGGCCAAGAAUGUUCCAGGAGAUCAAGGCUUGGUGCGAACAGUGUGAAAGGUGCUGCCUUAGAAAAACUCCCACAGCCAACGUCAGGGCUCCCCUUGUCAGUAUCCAUACCAGUGCCCCGAUGGAGCUGUCUGUGUGGACUUCUUGAUGCUGGAGAAGUCCAAGGGUGGUAUGGAGAAUGUGCUCAUUGUUACGGACCACUUUUCUCGCUAUGCGCAGGCCUACCCUACCAGGGACCAAAAGGCAGGAACAGUAGCCAGGGUCUUGUGGAAGAAUUUCUUCUGCCGGUUUGGGUUUCCGGCAAGGUUACACGCUGAUCAAGGGUGCAAUUUUGAAAGUGCAAUUGUAAAAGAGCUAUGCAAGUGUACUGGCAUCACUAAAACCCACACCACGCCCUACCACCCCCAGGGCAAUGGGACCACCGAAAGAUUCAACUGCACCCUGAUGAACAUGCUGGGAACACUAGAACCGCGCCUGAAGCCCCGGUGGCAUGAGUAUGUGGAUGCCAUGACUCACGCAUAUAACUGCUCGCGACAUGACUCUACUGGAUACAGCCCCUACUACCUCAUGUUCGGCAGACAUCCAAGGCUCCCAGUGGACCUCAUUUUCGGGUCCCCCAAAACGGACCAGCCGGGUGGAUACAGUGAAUACGUCCAGACCCUUUAUGACUCUCUGAUGCAGGCCUAUGCCCUGGCUAAUCAGACAUCUCAGCUGGCAAAAGGGCAACAGAAAAAGCAUUAUGACAAAAGAGCUAAGAGUGAAGACUUCAGUCCAGGAGAUAGAGUCUUAGUCAAGGUCUGUCAUGUGGAGGGGAAGCAGAAGUUGAGAGAUCGAUGGGAGGCAGGGCCAUAUGUUGUGGUCAGGAAGCAACCAGGUUUACCUGUGUACGUGGUGCGGCCAGAGGAUGGAGGAUCAGAGAGAGUGGUUCAUAGAAACCUCUUGACGCAGUGUAUGUUUCUUCCAGUGGAUCGAGAUGAAGGAGAGAUCGUAAAAGAUGGAGAGUCAGAGGAUGAGAUACGUGGGGCAGGCAUUGAAUGGGAAAGCGAAGAGGGAACAGAGAGUGAUGGUUCAGAGGAGGCUCUGGACAGAGCCCUGGUUAGAGCGGCUGAUGAAGAGGGGGAGCAAAUAAACACAGAGGGGGCUGACAUGUGGACAGAAGAAACAGGCGACAGAGAGAGAGUGCUUAUGACUGGUAGUGGGGCCACCUCCACUCGAGGGCCCAUCCCUCCAAGGAGAAACCCAAAAAGAAACCGGCAUCCCCCGAUUAAACUUCAAAUCCCAAGUUGUGAAGCUGGAGAGUGACCUCCGAAAGAUAGAAAGGGGGAGAAAGGUGUGGCUAAGGGCUAAAAAUAAGAGCAGCAGCAGGACAUUCUCAGAGCCAUACUGCAUGCACCCCGAUAACAGUUAGCUACCCCGCACACACAAUCUACACACACUGUGUACUAUACAUUUACUUUUGGUUAAUUUGAUGGCUGGGACGCAUCACUUAAAGAAGGGGUGGAUGUAGGGCAGUGUUAUGUGUUGUCCAGAAGAUGUCGCUAUGACACUGUUGUGUUACGCCAGAUUCAAGUAUUUUUAGCACUGUUUUGAGCUUCUUGAUGUACCAUAGUGUUGAUAGGCGUGUAGUGCGCCAUCUUUUCUUCAGUUCAUGUUAUCAACACUAUAGGUAAGACGUGUUAAUAGUAGCGGAAAUUUCAAUUUAAAGUGUCUUUGUUGUUGUCACUCUAAAGUUCUGUCUAUUGAGACAUUUUAUGUUCUAAACUGCUAGAGACCUAAAAGCAGAGUAAUAUGGAGGGUUAAAAUGUUUUUAUUGUUUUCUCUUUUGAGUGUGGUUAAUACGGGGUGGCUGAUGCAAAGCUAUACAUGGUUAUAUAAGCGGCGAGAGAUUGUUAUUAAAAUGAAGGUGCAUUGGAAUGUACUUUAUUAGAUAAACCUUAAGUGAGUUCAUGUUAUCAACACUAUAGAUGCCGUGCUGUGGAAUAAACGGACAAGCCACGAAUGGAAACGCCUCUGUGUCGCGUCUCUUCUCUACCACCACUCACGAACGCACACACACAACACAACGCAGAGCAGCAGCGGCGGUGCUAGAGGCCAGCAAGCACGCAGAGAGCGAGAGGGUUACACUUACUUUAGUAAGGUUACGGUUAGACUGAUUUCACGCCACCGCCAUGUUGAAAUCGAAAGCGAGGCAGAGGUGGGAAGAAAAUCGGAAAGACCGAUAUACUGAAGUGGUUUGUACAACCAACCUAAAAUAUUAAAAGUGACAAUAUAAGCAUAGGAUGCAUGUCACACGAACUGUUUUACUUGACCACUUAGCCGUACCAUUACAUAUUAGUGAUUGUUUAAACUGCCAUAAACGGGUUUCAUUCGCGCGCACAUUUACUGUAACGUUUUUUUAAAGUAAACGCAUCUGUUUAUUCAUGUCACAGACACCCGAUGGUAACGUUAGUACAAACCAUUGCAGUCUAUCUGUCCUUACGGAUUUCUUCCAACCGCUCGUGGAGUGAAAUCAGUCUAUUAGACAGCUACUUGCCAUAUCAUGAGUGAGAACUUAUUUUUCUUUCUACUCUCUUACUAAUAGUUAUUUUCUAAAGGAGAAGAGGAGACCACUACCAAAGACAGAAGACAUGAUCAGGAUCAGGAUUGAAGACUUGAUGGCUACUGACACCAGACACACACACGCACACUUUCUGCAUCUCUAACACACUCACACACACUUUCUGUAUCUCUAACGCACACACACACACUUUCUGCAUCUCUAACAUUUUAAAGUUUAUUUAAUUUUUCCAAGCCAAGCAAGGUGAUACAUUUUUGUUGUGUUUAGAACAGGAGCCUGCAGCAAAAAAGGGCGCCAAGCAGUAUAACAUACCACCUAAACUCCUUCGAUCCCUGUCAGACCUGAAUGACUUUCAGAAUCCUUGGAAGAUUUAAAGCCAUAUAAAUACCAGUUAUGGAGAGAAAGAAGACGAAAGACGUGGAUGUGAUAUUGCAACAUAUCCUGCAUGUUCAUCAAUGUAAAAUGGAAUUGUAACUAUAGUAGUUGAAGGUUAAGUGUUUUUAACUUUUCAUUUGGAUGCCUUUUCAGUGGUUCAGUCCUGGUUUAGGUCUGGAAUUGCAUUGCAUCUCAAAGUUGACUGUUGAAGAUGUUCCCAGUUUUCUUGCCAUCUUGGAGUUAACUUGGUUUCUUGAAAUGUAUUUGUAAUUUGACCACUUGUCUUACACAUGCACCUUAAAGUAAAA